AUUCAGCGACAUACUUGCAAAAUAUCAAAUGAACUUUUGAAUUAUGCUAUUAUUCUGUCCGACUUGUGGCAAUAUAUUAAUGGUCGAACAAGAUACAACAGGACACCGCUUCACUUGUAGUACGUGCCCAUAUAUUUGUAAUAUCAAGCGAAAAACUUCUACACGAACGUUUCCACGUCUUAAGGAGGUUGAUCAUGUUAUGGGUGGUGCAGCCGCUUGGGAGAAUGUAGAUUCGACUGAUGCAGAGUGUCCCACUUGUUCUCAUAAAAAAGCUUAUUUUAUGCAAAUGCAAACUCGAUCUGCGGAUGAACCUAUGACAACAUUUUACAAGUGUUGCAAUCAACUUUGUGGUCAUAACUGGCGUGAUUAAAUAGACGGUUUAUGUGUUAAAAUUGCACAUGCUCUAAUAAUACGUUGGAAUGAAUACAAGAUUAUCGACGUUUCUGAACGUUUUCUAUCAUCG